AUGGGUGGUGGGUACGGUUCCCACACGGGGCAAAUAUUCGUCUGCAGGGAGCCGACCUUGUUGGUGAUGUAUCCCCUGAUGGAGCUGGCCACGCGCGACGGGGAAGCGGCUGCGGCGCCGCCUCGCAGCGCGCCCUGCAGCCGCCCGAGCAGCGCGCCCCCCUCGUCCUCCACCGUCGAGCCCCCGGGGGCGUCUGCCCCUCGACUUGCCAAACAGACUUUCGAAAUUCGAAUGCUCCUUCUGCUCUCUUUUUUCUCUUUAUUUCCAGCCGGUCUCUACAGC